UUCUAAACCAGUGACAACAACGCCUGAAGAGUCUCCUCUCUGCCCUAAAACGCGGAUCAGUCUGAGUCUGUUCUAAAGCCUCUAAACCGAAUAUGCUGAAUGUCGCCUGCUGAGUCUUUUACUGCUUUUUACCGUUCUCCGCGGGUCUUUCUAGGUUCAUAGCUAAUGGUGGGCGGUUUUCAGUCAUUUCAGACUAAUAGCUGCACUAGCAUGUCACUGUCACUGGGGUUAAAGUUCAUCUCACUAUGCUAGUACUGAGUCAGAACUGCUCUAACGAGACCAACACAACAGACUUACAAAUUACAAUAGAGGCAGAACAGACCUCAGAAUCGGUACUGUCUCGUAUUCCCGUGGAGAGCGCGGUGUUUAUAAGCGAAAGGGAAAUGUCAGUGGAGCGGACUUGCUGUGUGGUCACUGUUUCAGAGAGCAGCUGCAGGCCGAGGCUGCGGAAUCCGCUGAGCUGUAGCGGAGUCAUUUUGAGCGAGCAGUCUGGAAUUGUGGUGUGCAGCGGUCUGCUGUUUUCUCCUUUCUUAAUCGACAAAGACUGCAUAAGCCCAAACCUAACAGCACUGCAUGCUAAUAACUUUAGUAACAACAUGCAAGUUUCCAUAUAUCAUGCAGAUAUGACAGCAGACGAAUGCACAGGCAAGCUGAGCAUAAAGAAUGGACACCAAAGGCCACCCCAAAACGCUGAGCUUCUAAUGAUGGUGAACUGCAUGGAGUUUCAGAAGACUUUUCAGUCAAUAUUCACUGAAGCAGAAAAGUGGAACUUCUAUAGUGGUGACGAGGACGCUGAAAUUCUCUUCGACUCCAAUUUUUUAAGUUGGUUUGCAGUCCUCAGAAUGCCUGGCCUGGCCACAGGUACCCCCAGUGGUACGCUACUUUGGGUAAAGAGCACAUCCCUUAUAAAGGGCCAUUCUGUCCUUGCCUGUGGCUCUCCAUUUGGUUCAUUCUGUCCAGAUCUCUUCAUGAGUACCCUUAGCAAAGGCAUCGUGAGUAAUUUGGCAGGGGAGGAGAAUGCACUGAUCUUGACUGAUGCCCGCUGUCUGCCUGGCACUGAAGGCGGAGGCCUAUUUGUCAUUAAUGGAGACGUGCAACAUCUUGUGGGUCUUAUCACUUCACCGCUGUGUUGGAAGUCGAAUGAAUGGAUUGGCCUGUCAUUAGUGUGUUCUUUCCACUUAAUUUUGAGAAACAUACUACAGGCUGUAACUUCUCAUCAGUCACUGAGAGAAAUCUCAGCAUUCAUGGAUAUUCCUCAAGUCUCAUCCAAUGCAAACCAAAAGCCAGCCACUGAAAAGUACCCCAUGGUGGCUGUGGUUGAAAGUGGCCAGCUGUGGGGAUCUGGAAUACUCCUAAAUCCAAAUAUAGUUUUAACCUGCAGACAUGUGGUCAAUGGGAAAACAUUGCUACAAGUCAGAGUCAAUGCCAGGGAAAGGUUUCUCACAGUGACUGGUCGGGUACUCUACUCUUCAAAGACAUCUUCUCCAUAUGAUGUAGCUGUGGUGGAGCUUCAGGAGCCCUAUUCAGAUGUUGUGGUGCCACAAUUAGCUACAAGUUAUCACCUGGGUGAAGAUGUGGUUGUGUUGGGUUAUGGUGCAUUGGGUAAAACCUGUGGCCCCUCAGUGACCUCAGGGAUCCUUUCCAGAGUCAUCACCCAGAAAAACAAGCCAGUGAUGCUUCAAACCACAUGUGCAGUGCAGUGUGGAGCCAGUGGUGGUGCUGUUAUCCGUGCCAGCACUGGGGAGUUGAUGGGUAUCAUGUCCAGCAAUACAAGAGACUUUGCAGCAAAGACUACGUAUCCUCACUUAAACUUCAGCAUCCCUCUUUCUGUUUUGGAGCCACUACUGGGCCGCUUUGACCAGACAGGAGAUGCUUCUGUGUUUCAGGUUUUGGAUAGUGUAGAGGAUGAGGUUAGGAGAGUGUGGAGACUUCAGAUUCCACAGAGUAAGCUAUGAAUAUUUCCUUUUUAUUCAUAUAGAAAGUGCAAAUGUUCACCUUACCAACUAUUUGCCUAUUAUUACAUUCCCACCACAGCAUUCAUAGACAGAUUACUCUACCUUUGAGUGCUGACGGUUCAGUCUACUGUAAAAGUAGAAAAGUCUGUUGAUGUCUGACUUACUCUGUAUAGCUUUAAGUAAAUAAAAGAUAUUUUGAGGACAUUUUGACUGUUGUCCAUAGGUACUGGAAGUGAUAAUGAAAGAUUAGAGAGACUAAUUCCUAAUAAUUCUAUUUUGAUAAAGGAAAAAUCAGUGUAGAUUGUAUCAAGCAGUUAUAACAUAUUACAUUCCCAAAUUAAGUGUACUGUUUCAGUAUUGAAAAGGGGAUAUAAAUGAACAUAGUGAUAUAAAAUGGACUUUUCCUUUAUAACCGAAGACUGAAUUUCUUUGUAACCAGGAAUUGUUAAAAGUCAACCAUGAGACUAGCAGUUAGGCAGUAAUAAGUGAGUUACAGCUGUGAUGCAGUGAAUUAAGUUGCAAAUGUAUGACAAACUAUAUGAAAAGCCUCUAAAAUACAUUUGUUUCUCCUUGUAACAUAGUGCUUCACUUGGUUGAUAUCAAAUCAGCCAUGAAAUAGGUGCAGAACAUUGGAGAGUUUAAAGUGCAAGUGCCUAAGAGAUGUGCUUAUUCAUGCACAGCAUUCUCAUAUAUUACUUCUGCCUUAGGAGAUAGUGUGGCCAUUUGAAUGAAAGUUAGUGAAUAUGGGGAAAACCAUAUUAGAAAAAAAGCCAGAUUGAAAAGACAUGCUGCUGUGCUGCCUUCGGCAUUCCUCUCUGAUUGAAGACAAAGCACUGAUUAUUGCUGUUGUGCAUGACACAUUUUUACUGGUCCAUUAAUUCCAGAGAAGGUAUGUAUCUAGCUAACUAGACCUUUCAUAGUCUUGACCAGGAAAUCAAAAUAAAGUCUGUAAAGCGUCACAUUUCUCCAUGCACAUCUUCACUGUUGCAUGUGUCUUCACAUUGUAACAAUGCCUCAUUAAAUGUAUUUAUUUUUCCCCCAAA